AUGAGCGAACAAAUAAGUCUUCCCUCUGCAACAACAUCUGAAGCAAAUAACAAGAGUAAUAGUACCACUACUAUUAAAAUCAAUGCUGCUGGUCAACAACAAGUAAAAACUUCAUCAUCAAAUCCGGCACCAAUAACAACACAACCUAAUAGUAAAAUCAUACUGAAUAACGAUGAACAUAAACAAUUAUCUAAACAAAAGUGUGAAAAGUGGACGAUAUAUUAUGCCAAAGAGGAUGGAUUCCGAUUGGAAAAGGAAGAUUUAAAGAAUAAUAGAUUUUUAAAUAAUACAGUCACUAGUUAUUUGAUGCCACAGGAAAAGUUGGUGUCGAAAGAUUAUGUUCUGGGACGUAAACAACAAUAUGUAAUCUCUAAGAGGAGGGAACCAGUUAAAUCAUUCAAGAGAAAGGAUUUGGAAUUGGAAAAGAAAGCAGAGGCCUUAAUUGCCAAGCAAAUUGAAAGAUAUAAUGCUGUUUAUGUAGUAUCAAACAAGACAUUGAAAUAUAGUAUGGAGGAAGAUUUUUCAAAGGAGGAUAUUUCAUCAUGGCCAUCAACAACUGAAAAGGUUAGAUUAUUCAAAUCUAGUAAGAGUAAUUUGGAUGCUAAAUUGAUAAAAAAGGAACAUGAUGAAAAAAUGAAAGCAUAUGAAGAAUCACUGCUCCAUCAAGAAGUUAAAGAGGAAGAUACCAAACCAAAAUACGAGAUUAAGAAGAGAAUUAGAUUUUCAAAUUUUGCAAAUGUAGCACGAGAUCGAGUUGAAAAAGUUGACAAGAUUGUCUUUAACAAAUCUAAAAAGGUGAAAACAGAUAAUGCAAUUGUUGUUGAGAAAAUCAAUGAAGAUAAUAGUAGUGACGAAGAUGAGGACUAUGAUGUUAGUGAGCUAAGUUCAUGUGUUGUCUCUUACGAUUCCAUAAUACAGUUUGCCAAAGAUGCAAAAGAAAGAGCUGAAAAACGAUACAAUGAGGAAUUGAAAGAUGGAAUUCCACUCUAUGAUUUAUAGACAGUUAGCAUUAGUUUAUUAAACUUGAAUUGUACAA